CAAAAGUAAGACAAAACCAAAACGCCACUAAAAGAAUAGGAUCCCUACUAAAACCUUCAAACACCACUCUCUGUUCUCUCUCAUUUUCUGUCUCCAAAUUUUAUUCUUCAACUUCCACUGUGACACUAAAGAGAGAGAGAGAAAAUGGAGGCGGCGCCUACUUUAACUUCUUCCACUAUAGUCGGAUUUCCUUCAUCAUCUUCAGCUUCAACCUCCUCAUUUUCCGGCUAUGGCGGACUCCUUCUCAAUCGCCGAUUCCUCGCAAUCAAGAACAACAAUGUCAGAGUCAAGUCACCUGCAAAUUUCUCUGUUCGCGCCGCUGCUGGUAGCCGAGAUAAUGUUGUGACUGUGCUUGAUUACGGUGCUGGAAAUGUUCGGAGUUUGAAGAAUGCGAUUCGUCGUCUAGGUUUCGACAUUGAAGAUGUCCAAACACCUGAUGAUAUUUUGAAAGCAAAUCGCCUUAUUUUUCCUGGUGUCGGAGCAUUCGCUGCUGCGAUGAACAUUCUUAAUGAAAAGGGGAUGGCUGAGGCUUUAUGUGAUUACAUCAAGAAUGAUCGCCCUUUCUUAGGUAUCUGUUUGGGACUGCAGCUGCUUUUUGAUUCUAGUGAAGAAAAGGGUUCAGUGAAGGGUUUGGGUUUGAUACCUGGUGUUGUUGGACGCUUUGAUUCCAGUGAUGGUUUAACAGUACCACAUAUUGGCUGGAACUCCUUGCAAAUUGAGAAGGAUGCAAAAAUCUUGGAUGAUGUCGCUGGCCGUCAUGUCUAUUUUGUUCAUUCUUAUCGUGCUAUGCCUUCAGAUAGCAAUGAAGAGUGGGUGACUGCAACUUGCAACUAUGGAGACAAAUUUAUCGCUUCUGUCAGAAAAGGGAAUGUGCAUGCAGUUCAAUUUCACCCAGAGAAGAGUGGAGAUGUUGGACUUUCUAUAUUAAGUCGUUUCCUAUGCCCAGAGUCUUCCAUAUCAGAGGUAAGGCCAGCUGUAGGAAAAGCAUCAAAACUGGCGAAAAGGGUGAUUGCUUGUCUUGAUGUGAGGGCUAAUGACGAAGGAGAUCUUGUUGUGACUAAAGGAGAUCAAUAUGAUGUUAGAGAGCAGACAGAUGAGAAUGAGGUAAGAAAUCUUGGCAAGCCAGUUGAACUUGCCAGACAAUACUAUGAGGAUGGUGCUGAUGAGAUCAGUUUUCUGAAUAUCACAGGGUUUAGGGAUUUUCCGUUGGGCGACUUGCCAAUGUUGCAGGUACUGAGAUAUGCUUCAGAGAAUGUUUUUGUUCCAUUAACCGUGGGAGGUGGCAUUAGAGAUUUUACUGAUGCAAAUGGAAGGCACUACACUAGUUUGGAAGUCGCUUCAGAAUAUUUCAGGUCAGGUGCUGAUAAAAUCUCUAUUGGUAGCGAUGCUGUUUAUGCUGCUGAAGAGUAUUUGCGAACCGGAGUAAAAAGUGGAAGGAGCAGCUUAGAACAGAUUUCUAAAGUUUAUGGCAAUCAGGCUGUUGUUGUAAGCAUUGAUCCUCGUCGAGUGUACAUAAAUACUCCUACUGAUGUACCAUUUAAUGCUGUUAAGGUUACGCAUCCAGGUCCAAAUGGAGAAGCAUAUGCUUGGUAUCAGUGCACAGUCAACGGCGGGAGAGAAGGUCGUCCAAUUGGAGCUUAUGAGCUUGCAAAAGCUGUGCAAGAAUUAGGGGCUGGUGAAAUAUUACUUAACUGCAUAGAUUGUGAUGGUCAAGGAAAGGGAUUUGACAUAGAUCUUGUAACACUUAUCUGUGAUGCUGUUGACAUCCCUGUAAUUGCAAGCAGUGGGGCUGGUGCGGCUGACCACUUCUCAGAGGUUUUCAAGAAGACAAAUGCUUCUGCUGCUCUUGCUGCUGGAAUAUUCCACCGCAAGGAGGUACCUAUUCAAUCUGUGAAGGAGCACUUGAUUAAUGAACGCAUUGAAGUCAGAAUGUGAAAGAGAAUCCUCCUAUUAUCAUGUUGGAACCCCAUGAGCAAGGGAGAAUCCUUUUUGUGUAAAAGUCAAAUGGGAAAUUCUAUAAUUUUUUUGACCAAGAUGCUCCAUUGCUUGUGAGCCUUGUCUAAUUGCAAGGAAAGGUUCUUUUUUGUGUAGAAGUCAAAUGGGAAUUUCUAUAAAAGCGCUGUAUGUUGUAAACUAAUACAUGUAAUUGUCUUCUUUUUUCGUACAAUUUGAAUUACUCAUAAUCAAUCACCACAGUAGUUCCGAGUUGGUAGCGUGAAUUUAUGAUAUUGAUUUACAUCUUUUCGGUUUU